AUGCCUUCUCUUCAUUAUCUUUGUUCUCACCUUCAAAAUGCUUCCCGAGCAUAUUUAGCACAGACAUCUUUGCCUGCAACAAAACUUAAUCUUGAUAUAUGUUUAGGAUUAUAUACACAUGGAUUAUUAGGAUCAGUACGUCGAGGGUCUUAUUGUGGGCCUGACACAGUUUAUACUCCAACCACCUUCGAUAAUAUAUCAACACGCCGUAUAUGGGUGGAUUUAAAGUAUCAGAUGAUGGUGCCAGUUUUGAAACAAAUUAAGGUUAUAAGCAAACCAGGGCGUCGACAAUGGAUGUCAGCGUCUAAUUUGGCACUUUUGACUAGGCAAAGAGUCAAUUUUAUACCGGCUUUGGAGAUGGGAGAAUGUUUAUUUAUUCAAACACGGAAAGGGGUAAUGGAAAUUAGAGAGGCAAUUGGGCUUAAUUUGAGUGGAGAACUUUUAUGUCGGGUGUCUUAACGCAUAUAACGCAU